CGCGCGGUGCCCCCUGGGUGCAAAGCGAACGCGGAAGUGAACAGACGGGGGCUCUCUCGCCCCUCGACGCGCUCUUCGACGUUAAACCGACUCGUCCAUCGACAUUUUGGGCACAGCAUCAUCAGCGCUGACGUGGACGCUACGUGAGCGAGGGCGCGUGCCGUCCAGCCUACUGUAGUCAGUGACGAGGCGCCUACGUAGAGCUUCGGUAAGUCGCUGCAAAGCUGUCACAGUGUCGGGCCAGCGGCGGGCGCGCGGACGGAGACGGAGCAAAGCGAGCGAACACGUCAUUCACAUUGUUUUUUCUUACUUUGCUCGUCGGUGACCAGGCCGAAGAGCGAGGCCGAGCGAAGCAUGUUCGGCUCCGCUCAGUUACAAGUUUACGCCGCUGCGUCAAGUCAGGCGAAUUGACGUCGCAGGCGGAAGUGAUGCAUUCGUUUUUCACAAUAAAAUAUACUAGUGUAACUCGUCACGUGUGAAACCAUAUCUGUGUUUUUAUAUGUCCUGCAUUUAUAAACCUCUGUGUGUAAAACAAAUGGAUAAUCAAUGUAAAUAAAUAUUCUGAGGAGCUUGGACAGAUUACUGGUGAAAGGGGAACAAGACAAGUCAGCGUGAGCUUUUGUAACUUGACUUGUGGAAAGUGAAACUGCCUGUUGUCUCGUGCGCUAUAAACUGUCAGGUUCCUGUUUGAUUGGCUGAAACAAGCGGGAAUGACAGAACGUCAGCGCCUUCCUCUGUCAGAGCCUUUAAUGGAGGCGUCGGCCUCUGCUGACGUCAGUCGAGCUGUGACCUUCAGCCUUUAAGCUCAUGUCUACGUUUACUUCAUCUCUAAAGCCAUUUCACUCAUUUUCACCUUUUCUUUUGUAAAAAGACUGAGAAAGUUCACAGCACAAUGUGUUUAGGAACAAGCAGAACUAAAGCUGCAGGUUGCAACAGAACUCUGCUGGGACAGAUGUGUUUGAGAAACAGGCUGAUGGAAUGAGGAUUCAGCGUGUGGUUCACGGCUCUGUGGACCCGUCUGUGCAGGUGCGACAUGGACUCAUCAGUCUCAUCUCGACUCGGCGGCGGCUUGAAGGACGUGACGGACGCAGAGGAGCAGCACGGCGACGCCAGUCCGUCUCCCACGGCGUCCGAUCAGCAGGGUUCUGGUCCGGAGGAGUCCGACGUCGCCGUACAGGGGGUCAUCCAGGCGCCGCAGACGUCCGUCAUCCAGUCCCCACAAGUCCACACGGUGCAGAUCGCGUCUGUGGCGGAGCUGGAGGACGACGGCUCCGUCACCGACUCCCAGAAGAGACGCAAGAUUCUCUCCAGACGUCCGUCUUAUCGAAGAAUCCUCAACGACCUGUCAUCAGAUUCACCAGCAGUUCCUAAGAUCGAGGAAGAGAAGACGGAGGACGAGGCUCCGGGGCCGACCUCCAUCUACCAGACCAGCUCAGGACAGUACAUUGCCAUCGCUCAGGGCAGAGCCGUCCAGCUGAGCAGCCCCGGGCUGGAGGCCCAGCAGGGGGCCCAGACCCCGCAGGCCGGCGCCACCAUCCUGCAGUGUGCCGCUCAGGCUGGGAGCUCUCCCCAGCAGAUCUACAUCCAGGGGGGGCAGGUGCUCAUCCAAGCUGCCACCGGAGACAUCCCCGCCUACCAGCUGCGCUCGCCCAGCUCGGGUCUGCCUCAGGGCAUCGUGAUGGCCGCGUCCCCGGGCUCCAUGCAGAGCCCGUCAUCACAGCACGCCGAGGAGAUCACCCGCAAGAGGGAGGUCCGGCUGAUGAAGAACAGGGAGGCAGCUCGAGAGUGCCGCAGGAAAAAGAAGGAGUACGUGAAGUGUCUGGAGAACCGCGUGGCCGUGCUGGAAAACCAAAACAAGACGCUGAUCGAGGAGCUGAAGGCGCUGAAGGACAUUUACUGCCACAAAGCGGAGUAGCUGCUCCACGGCGCCGUUUACAAACUGCUGCAGCCAAAAAAAAAAAAGACUCUGAAACAAAAAGUGCUUUGACGUCUCUGCCAUCUCUGCUCACUCAGGCCUGGUUCACGCCGACGCAUCCCGGGGACCGGACCGGACCGGACCGGGUUUGCUCUCGUUCGUAUCUCGUGCUCGCGUCCACGCUGCGCUUGCUGUAGGUGUCGUGCACAGACAGACAGUCAGCUGGAGAGGAGGAAGACAGGAGGCACAGGUGCAUCCUGAAAGCGGCAAACGGGUCAGCCAGGUUUCCACGAGGUCGGAUCCAGCACCAGCUUCAACCAGGCAACUAAACGUGUUUACCUGAACAUGUCGUGUGUGAUUUACGCUUCUGUUUUCAGUCGUUUCAUGCAUUCCUUCAUGCAGAAAAGAAAAAAAAAAAAAAAAAAAAACGCCGGUGCGAGUUUCCUGGAUGUCAUCAUUCUGUUACCAGUUUGUGUUGUUGAUCAAAGAGUUCAGGAUGAAGGUUGUUCUCGUGUUUGGCUGCUUAUGCAUAUUUCAAGCCAAUGCAGGGGGGCAUUAUGGGAAUGAACCCGCGUAAAAGUCUAACGCUUUUAUUUAUGACUGAAUGGAGUCCAUUGUUUUAUUUGAAGCUACUCUUUAGUGAAAGCACAUUAAGCACCAAAGUGUCCGCGUCACAGGUUCCACUAAACACAGUUGACUCUAUUGUGUCCUGACAAACCGGACAAACCUCAGUUUUGUAAAGAAAUGGCUUAAAAUGACUCGCAGCUCCGACACGAACUGUGAGCAUCAGAGUAGUUUUAGGUGAAAUCAACCUAUUUGAUUCUGGCUGAAUGUUAAAAUGCUCUGUUUAAAGGGUGACGCCAACUUCUUCUUCGUGUGAUUUAAGGCUGGUGGAUCAUCUUGUUGAGGUUUCUGCUCACUGCUUUAGUUGCUGGGUUCUGAAUAGACAGAGCGACGGCUCCUCACUUAGUCACAUCUUCUCUACCAGUAACUACUGUUUGUCUCUGACAGCGUGAUGACUCACUUCCACAUAAUGAUCAGGUGAAAGGUGAUAACAUCAUAGUUUAAUUUGAUAUCAGCUGAGUUGACUUUCUCUGCGUGUUGCUUUCUGUUGUUGUUUGAACUGGCUCAGACUUUUUCCUUGGUGUUCUUUCAUUUAAAUUGUAAAACCCAACUUUUUUUGUUUAUCUAAUAAAAUCUUGGUAUGUAACACGA